GUAAUAAAAGAAGUAAUUUUGAACGCAUUUGCAGAGAAAGUCUGAAGGAGAUUUUGGGAAAAAUUUUCUUCAAUUCUAUUCAGCGAUGGUCAGAAUAGCCAUUCUAAGCUUUCAGCACUGAAUCCCUAUUACGCGUUCUAUUCAGCGAUGGUCAGAAUAGCCAUUCCAAGCUUUCAGCACUGAAUCCCUAUUACGCGUUUGUGGGAAUAGAAACACUUUAAGUUUACUUAAAUAAUACUAGUCAUCAAAGAAUAAGGAGGGAAUGGAAUAGCCAUUCCAUCCAAGCAAACAUAGUGUUAAUUUCUAACAGCUAUCAAAAUUUCUGUUUCUUAAACCACCGGUAGAGAAAACAGAGACAGAUAAAACGAAGAAAGGAAUCUAUCCUUAGUCCCGGAUCUCAGUCUUACAGUUUCAUCCAAAGUAGUGAGAAUCAAGGGAAGCGAGAGAAAGAUGAGUGGAACGGGGAAGGUGGUUUGUGUAACAGGAGCAUCAGGUUACAUUGCUUCAUGGCUCGUUAAGUUUUUACUCCAACGUGGUUACACUGUCAAAGCCACUGUUCGUGACCCAAGUGAUCCAAAAAAAUCGGAACACUUACUUGUACUUGAUGGAGCAAAAGAAAGGCUCCGUUUGUUCAAGGCACAGCUGCUGGAUGAGGGAGCUUUUGAUUCUGUAGUUGAUGGAUGCGUAGGAGUUUUCCACACAGCAUCUCCUUUUUAUCACAAUAUCAAGGAUCCUCAGGCUGAAAUGCUUGACCCAGCUGUGAAGGGAACACUUAAUGUUCUUAGGUCAUGUGCUAAGGUCCCAUCUAUCAAACGGGUGGUUAUAACAUCCUCAAUUGCAGCUAUUGUGUAUAAUGGAAGGCCUCUUGGUCCUGAUGUUGUAGUUGAUGAGACUUGGUUCUCAGAUCCUGCUUUUUGUGAGAAAUCAAAGCUUUGGUAUAUGCUUUCUAAGACGUUAGCUGAGGAGGCUGCUUGGAAGUUUGCAAAAGAGAAUGGCAUUGACAUGGUGACAAUUAACCCAGGGUUGGUGAUUGGACCUCUUUUACAGCCGACUGUCAAUACAAGUGUGGAGCCAAUUUUGAAACUUAUUAAUGGGGCCAAAACAUUUCCAAAUGCAACUUUUAGACUAAUAGAUGUUAGAGAUGUUGCCAAUGCACAUGUGCUAGCAUUUGAGAAUUCUUCAGCCUGUGGUAGAUAUCUUUUAGUUGAGAGAGCUGUGCACUGUUCAGAAGUUGUACAGGCCUUGCGCAAGCUUUACCCUGCCCUUAGCCUCCCUGAAAAAUGUGCUGAUGAAAAGCUAAGCGUGCCAAUCUUUCAAGUGUCCAAAGAGAGAGCGAAAAGUUUAGGUGUUAAAUUUACCCCUUUGGAGGUGAGUCUAAAGGAUACGGUUGAAAGCUUGAAGGAGAAGAACAUCUUCAGUGGUUGAAUCAUGGUAAGUGUUAGCUAAGUCUGGUGACUGGAGGUUUCCUUUUAGGCAUUAGUUCAUUCUGAAUGUCAUGUUCUACGUUAGCUGCUGUUGUAAACUUGUUCCAUUCUGUGAAACUUAAUAAGCUUUUGGAACUCGAAGACAUUAUAUUAGCAUAUUCGAGAAACUUAAAAAAGAAACAGAAAAAAAGUGUCGUUGCGUGGUUUGAUUCGUAUUGAACUUUAUAAACUGAUUUAGUACAUACAAUAAA